AUGGCUACUUCGGACGUUCCAGGCCAAUCGCCUUUCAAUGCUGGUACUAUGGAUGCCGAGUUGCGCCGGAUUCUCGGUGAGGACGGGAGCGAUAAAUAUGCGGAAAAUUACCUGAUGGAUUUUGUCGAGAAUAAUCAAUAUACAGACGACCAGGAUAUCAAUGGAUGGUUCCCGAUGGAUGUUGAUCUUGAUGCCCCUAUCAAGGAAGUAGAUCAAAGUCGUCGGCCAUCCUAUAAACCUCACGAGCCAACUCCAACACCAGCUCUCCAGCUGGAGGAACCUUCAUUUGCCCAAAAUAUGUCCACAAGCCACGACCUCAAUCCAUUGCUUGCACCACAAUCCCACUUUCAUGCUCCUCGCGAAGGAGGAGAUCAAAAUUUCCUAGCAGGCCCUGAGCCUAGACGGCCAUCUAUAACCCAACCUCUCCCAAGAGAAUCUUCGCCAGAACGCUCCUGUUAUAGCAACGAGGUGCUGAAUAAUUUCAAGAACCCAGUGAUGGCGCUUAAGAUAAUAGACUACAUCAAAUACCCUUUCGACGAGAGGCUUCAACGGGCUCUUGAAAAGGAAGUCAAUAGGCAGGAGUCCGUAAGGCUCCAUGUCUCAGAACCUGAGUCCAUACCAGGCGCGAAAAAUAACCGAUUUUUGAACAAGCUCAAGUUCAAUCCCAGGGAGCAUUACCAACCUCUUCCUCAAAUGCCGGUGACUUGGGGACCUCUAGACCCCGAUACUCACAAGCCCAUCUUCCAAUAUACGAAGUAUGGCGAGCUUAUGCCUGGUAGUACGUUUACGGUUGAUCAAAUGAUCACCUAUCUUGCUCAACACCCUCUUCACUAUGGCUGCGCGGAUAAAAGGCACUCAAAACUCCGGUUAUGGGUUCAAGUAUCACCUGCAGACAGUAGAGGACGAUACCCACAUAAAGAUUCCAUGAAGUGCAGAUUCAGAGACUGCCCCAACCCCACGCGUGGUAUCAACAAAGGCAUGUUUAGAGUCUGCUUCGAUGAACUAUCAUGGACCGACAUGGUUCCCGCGUUGGACCCGUACCACAACGCCGGGUAUGUACAUCUAUACUGCCUGGAAAAGUUCAUCGACUUCCCCACUCUCUGCAAACAGUUCAAUGUCAAGGCCGACGUCCGCGCACUUCUUGAAGAAGAACGGAACAGAAUGGCCGUUAACAGGGACCACCAGAGCAUGGAGACCGUAACGAGGGAUUUUAUCGAGGCUUCUGUCCCUUGGGGCAACGUCGCAGGAGGACGCCCACAAGGACACGACUGGUAUCCGAUGUCUCUCUGCUCACAGCUUACUGAGGAGCAUAUCCGGCUGCAACCACAGCUCGUGCAAGUUAUACGGGCGAAAAGAGGUGGCAAUAACAUUGAUAUACACCGCAAUAACGUCGACCUCUUCGCCGAGGGAGAGGCAUUAAAAGUAAGAGGCAGGAAACUCGGACGCCCUUUGGGCAACAAAAGGGGGCCUGCCCUCGGUGGAAAGCGCAAGCGCGCUGCUGAGAACACUGAUGCUGAUGACGAUGAUUCCGAUUUAAAUGACAACAUUUUGGAUGAUGACAUUCAGGAUGAUAGCAUUGCGGAUGAUUUGCAGAUUGCUCAAUCUUCUGAGCGCGCAGCGAAGAGGCCCAAGUACGAUACAGUUGAGUUAUCUGCUCCUCAACUUGCAAUGGGAAGUCCGGGCACGCCCAAGCGUGGUGACCAAGGAUAUGAUGCAGAUGGCGAGUAUUCUAGCGUCGGUAACAUCGGCUCGCCUCAAAAUGAGUACGCGGUGGAGAGACGUAGACUGGAUGCAGCUGGACUGCAUUCCCCUACCAUUCCAACGAAUGAGUCAACGCCUAAACCUCAAGGGGUAUAA